AUGGAGGUCAUAGAACAGCGACUCCACGAUGAAUUGUAUACGUCACAAAAUUUUAAGCCUCGACUUCGUAUUCUGAAGAGAAUGAUGCUGACACCUAUCAAUUUGAUCCAGGCGGCGCUAUUUCGACAGGAAAUGGACGACUUACACGACCCACUGUCGACUGUGACCGUUGAUACUGUCUGGGAAGAAUGUGACAAAGACGAGGUCAGAGAAUGUUUCAUGUCUUACGCCAAAUAUGUCACCAUCGCCAUCAGUUUGAAAGGAAAACACCGCGCUCACAUAUGCAGGAUGGAAGCAGAGGCGUUGGAGUGUGAGGAGAAAACCAAGAGGUGUUCCGAACAGAUGUCUUCUUACCUCAGUAUCUUCCGCUCGCUGAUGCACCACGUGUGUGGCACAGGAAGUUUUGAGAGUAAUGAAAUUCGCAGUAGUGCAGAGGAUUUUGGCAGUUAUGAUAUUGAUGACUUUGACUGGGGAAAACAUAGUGAUAGUUGGUCCGAUGAAAGUGGAAGCAGAGGAGAAAGUGGAAGCAGAGGAGAAAGUGGAAGCAGAGGAGAAAGUGGAUCUAGUGGAAUGGACAGCAGGUCCAAUGAAAAAGAAGAUGAUGGCAGUUGUUCCCGAACAUGUGACCUGCAGGCAUCGGCUGUAUGCUUCCUCCAGUUUAUGGAUGUGUUAUCUGAACGGUCCAUUACAGGAAUCUGUAGGCAGUCGCUGUGGUCUGCCAAGUGCAUGUCUUCGGCUGUAGUCGGAUGUCAAACUGCCCAGAAGCAUGCCAUUAUGGCCUUGGUCAACAAGAUGAUGUUGACACAUGAGGACCUUUGUGGUUCUGGGUCAUGUGAGUUAGAGAAGGCCAUCACUUGUCUGGAGGAGGCAGGGACAACAAUUGAAGUACUGCUCAAACAGUUGACUCUGGCACCUCUGCUGUGUGGGAAGUUACAUGGAGCAUUGGCUUGUGUGUAUAAUCACACAUACAGUUGUGAGAUGAGCGACUUCUCUUCGUUGGAAGAAGACAGUAUGGAAAGUGAUGAAAACACAGGAAGGGCAGACAACUCUUCAAUGCCAGAAAAUUACACAUCUGCUGAAAACUCUACAGUGCCUGGUAACCAAUGGGGAGAUAACUCUACUGUAUCAAGGGGAGAUAAUUCUAGUAGCACCAUGACUAUACCUAUGGAUGCUACCACAAGGUCUUUUGAAGAUGACAGUGGGAAGACUUCCUCUGGGGAGAACACCAAUACAAACGCUGUCAUGUUGAUGAUCCAUCUUCAUAUUUUAAGUUUAACUGCUCACAGCAUAUGUAAGGAGCAGAUGGUUCCGAAGGACAUGAUGAAUGGGGCGUGGCUAGGAGGAGAUCUGGCCUUCAGUAUCCUAAUUGGUUUACCCUACACAAGGCAGAAGGAUGUAUGUGGUCAAAUUUCAACACACAAGGGAUCCCCAGUCAUCAUGACAGGAGGGAAUUUUGAAAAAUGUAGGAGAAGAAGCAUUGGUCUGUUUGACAGUGUGUCUUUGGGAAGCAGUUCAGCUUCUAGAAGUAGGGAAAGUGGUUCAACUUCUGGAAGUAGGGAAAGUGGUUCAGCUUCUAGAAGUAGUGGAAGUGGUUCAGCAUCUGUAAGUAGGGAAAGUGGUUCAGCUUCUAGAAGUAGGGAGAGUGGUUCAACUUCUGGAAGUAGGGAAAGUGGUUCAACUUCUGGAAGUAGUGGAAGUGGUUCAGCAUCUGUAAGUAGGGAAAGUGGUUCAACUUCUGGAAGUAGUGGAAGUGGUUCAGCAUCUGUAAGUAGGGAAAGUGGUUCAGCUUCUAGAAGUAGGGAGAGUGGUUCAACUUCUGGAAGUAGGGAAAGUGGUUCAGCUUCUAGAAGUAGGGAGAGUGGUUCAACUUCUGGAAGUAGGGAAAGUGGUUCAACUUCUGGAAGUAGGGAAGUGGUUCAGCUUCGAGAAGUAGGGAAAGUGGUUCAACUUCUGGAAGUAGGGAAAGUGGUUCAGCUCCUGGAAGUAGGGAAAGUGGUUCAGUUUCAGGAAGUAAGGAAAGUUGGGAGGAAUAUGGAAGUAGCCAAAAGCAAGGUGAUACAGACCAUCUUCCUGAAAGUGAAGAAGAUUACAUGGAAAACUAUAGAUUUAGAGAGGAUUACUUCAAUGAUGUGUCAGAGGAUUUCCUUUGGGGUCUUUACAUGGAUCACAGAUCCUCCCAGCAGAUGUUCCAUCAUAUUGUUGGUGACACGUGUGUAA